AUGAAAUCCUCUCAAUUAUUCUUUAUCAUAUUUGGUCUUUUGGCCUUUACAUCGAUUAAUUCUCCCGUAUUGGCUAAUAACUAUGGUUUAGAUGUGAAAUGUGAAAAAGUCGACGCAGAUCAAUGGGUUGCGGAGUUUACUUGGAAUCCUAAUGAAGCAGUUGCUCAACAAGAUGACCAAAUGGAACAACAAAAAAAUACCCCUGUUAAAAGAGAUAGGAAAUAUAAUAAAGAUGAUAAAGGGAAAUAUAAUAAUGAUAAAGAUGAUAAAGGGAAAUAUAAUAAUGAUAAAGAUGAUAAAAAUG